AUGCACACCUCGGGAGUCAUCCUCGACAUGGCGGCUUUGGCCAGUGUCGUCUCCGCCCAUAUGGGUGCUUUCCCACCCGCGAUGCCUAUCGCAGCUACUGCCACAGCUGCCUGCAGCUCAUCGAAAACUUCUCUCUGGCGUGACUGUCCCACAGCAACCGGUAAAUUGGCCACUGACUGGAGCCGCAUUACAUCAGAACCAAUCCCCACGGGGACCAUUCCCCUUUGCAAGAUCCGCGAUGCACUAUCCAGUUCUCUGGAUGAAGAGUUUGCCAAGUAUACCACGGAAUGGAUCAGCUUCGUCGGAAUGUCUUCAUCGGACCUUCUCGACUUCUUCACUGAUUGUUAUGAUGCAGCCUUGCCCACGGCCCGUUCGGUGAUUGACGAGAUCAUCUCGGCAACUGACCUGUGUGACGAGUUGGGCAUCGCCGCGAUGGCGACGCCGACUGUUGCCCUCGCCCAGCAGCUUCUUGCGCACCCCAAGCACGCGUCUGUCCAGGCCACCAGUACAGACACGGUCUCCUGUUCCAUCCUGGGUUCUGCCAUCAACAACGACAUCCCCGUCAUGACUGGUGAGCUUAGCUCUGCCUUCGAUCAGUAUUCGAGUACCGCAAGUCCCCCCGACCCGACCUCCUCGCCUGACCCGACCGACCCGGAGGACCUGGACUACCUCUGUUCCUUUGCUUCGCAGCUUCCACUGUCUCUGCGAAGCAACUUUGCCGACUAUACCUCAGAGAUCAUCAGCUCAAUCAGCAAAGACGAAUCGAGCUAUGUCAAGUUUUACACGGACUGCGUCUUCGACCCUAGCUUCGAAUCUGCCAUCCGGUCCGAGUUCGACCGCCUGAUCACGACCAGCGCAUUUUGUGACAGUACCAUCACCAGUGCCACUGUCACCAUUGUCACUAUUCCCACUACUAGCACUUCCACCGUCACCAGUUCCACUGUCACCACUUCCACUUUCACCAGCGGCACUGUCACCACUGUCACUAUGAUCACUUCCACUAUGACCACUGACACUGCCACUGCCACUGACACUACUACCGCUUCCACUACUAUCACAUCCACCUCGACCAUUCCCACUACGACCGCUUCGACUACUACCACUUCCACAUUCACCAGUGGCACUGUCACCACUGCUACUCUGACCGCUUCGACUAUGACCACUGCUAUUGAGACCAUUCCCACGACUACCACCGCCACUGAGACUACUACCAUUACCAGUGCCAGCGUCACCACUAUCAUCAGUGCCACUGUCAGCACUAUGACCAUUCCUACUACUACCACAUCCACUUCGACCAUUCCCACUACUACCGUUUCCGCUACUACCACUACCACUUCGACCACUACCUCUAGUGUCAUUGCUGGUGCUGCUACUGCUCCUGUUGGCUUGGUAGGGGCUGCAGUUGCUGCUGGCUUGGUCGGUGCUGCGGCAAUCCUCUGA